AUGUUUGAGGAUACAUAUCAAAAUCUAUUUGCAUCAUCCAAUUAAAUUGCUGCCUUAUCCAUCGAUUGUAAUUACUAUAUUGUUAUUUCCAAGCCAAUUUACAUCAAGAGUGGCAGUCUUCGUAGAAUCUUUAAGAAUGUACAAUAUGACACUUAUGAGAAUCAACAAUUAUAAGAUUUCAAGAUAUAUCUUGAUUCAAUUCCUGUUGAAUAUCUAAAAGAAGUUCAAAAUGAUUCUGUGCUAUUGCGGUUCUUGUAUACUCAUCAAUUUGUAAAAGCAGACACAGUUAAUUAUUUUGUGGAUCACUUAAAUUGGUUAAACAAUCCAGAAACCAUGAAUUUGGAAGAUAUCCCAUAAUAUUCUAAAUUAGUUUAAGUUAUUGGGAGAGAUGAAAUGCUACGACCUGUGCUUCACAUUUGCUUAAAUCUCCCUCUCGAUGACUUAUUUGUUAAAGCAAUCUCAAAUAAACUUAUCAUUAUGGAAGAUUAUAUGUUUGUUCCUGGUAAAGUGGAGAGUUGGAUUAUAAUAGUUCAUUUAAGUUAAACUAGCCAAAACAUUAAACCUGAAUAAAUUGAUAAGCCAUCAAGCACUUUGUCACUAAUUUUCCUAUGUCUUUAGAGCAAAUCUAUUUUUUAGAAGUAAAUUUGA